CAAGUACGCAGCCAGACCAGUGCGCGCGCGUCUUCCUGGGAACAGGAAGGACGAACAGGAAAUAAUCAAAACAACUAAUGUAAAGAGCUGAUCGGCAUAAAUUAAAUUAAAUUACAUUUAAAAGCUAUAAAUCAAAUCAACAAUGAUCGAAAUCGAGGAUGUGAUCGAUCCCACCCCAACCAGUGAAGAUUCGAAGAAGAUCAGUGCCAUCGACAGGGACACCGUGCACAAGAUAUGCUCCGGUCAAGUGGUGCUAAAUUUGGCCACAGCUGUAAAGGAACUGGUCGAGAAUGCAAUCGAUGCCGGCGCAACGGUUGUGGAAGUGAAACUCAAGGAGCAAGGCGCCGAUCUGGUAGAGGUAUCUGACAAUGGCAGUGGGGUUGAGGAGAAGAAUUUCGAAGGAUUGACGGCCAAGUAUCACACUUCCAAGCUGAAGGAAUUCUCUGAUUUGGCUUGCAUCGAAACGUUCGGCUUUCGAGGGGAGGCACUCAGUUCGUUGUGUGCCCUGUCCGAUAUGGUGGUCGUUACCCGGCACGAGACGGCACCCCAUGGAACCAAGCUGGAUUUGGAUCAUCGGGGAGCGAUUGUUAAGAGGAGCCCCUGCGCCCGAGCCGUUGGAACGACGGUGUCCUUGUCGAAUUUGUUCUCGACACUUCCGGUGCGGAAGAAGGAGUUCCAGAAAAACAUCAAACGGGAGUUCAUCAGGAUGUGUCAGAUUCUGCAGGCGUACUGCUUGGUGUCGGUUGGAGUGCGAAUCAUCUGCAGCAAUCAGAACAAGAAGGGGGUCAAAAGUGUCAUCAUGAGUACGCAGGGAACGGGUUCGGUACUGGACAACAUUACAACGGUGUUUGGCUCCAAGCAGGCAACGGAGCUAAUCCAGCUGAAGCCAGCCAUCAGCAGCAGUGGCAAGAUAAUGGAUUUGAACGAGAGUGACUUUGACGAUAGUCUGCCGUUGACACAGGAGGAGGUGGAUAAAUUUAAUCUGUCCAGGUACACCAUAGAUGGCUAUAUUUCCAGUUGUGCACAUGGAUCAGGUCGAUCCUCAAAAGAUCGUCAGUUUUUCUUCGUCAACUCGAGGCCAUGCGAACCGAAAGCGAUCAUCAAACUGGUCAACGAAACCUACCACAAGUACAACGUGAACCAGUGUCCGUUCGUGUACCUAAACUUGAAAAUGGCCCGCUCGGAUGUGGACGUCAAUCUUACGCCGGACAAGCGACAGAUUCUGGUGAACAAUGAGAAAAUCCUUCUGCUCGCGUUGAAGAAGUCCCUCAUGAAAACCUACGGAACCAUUCCGUCGACGUUCAAAAUGCAGAAUCUGGAUGUGAGCGCCACGUCUCGCUUGUUGGACAUUUCCGUCAAAUCGAAAGACGGUGGAGAUGACGAGUCGUUCGAAAACGAAAGCAUGGCUGCCCCAAACCCUAAACGACUGCUGGCGGCGUUUAGCCAUCGGGGUGCGGCGGCCGGAAAAAGCACCAGUGAUGAUAGUACACCGGCGAAGGCGGAGAAGCGAAAGCGCGAAGACAACGCGUCCACCCCGAAGAUAUACGAUUUCAUAAGUGUGACGCCCAAGGCGUCAGAAACGGACGGGAUCGCUAAAAGGGAGCCAGUGGAGGAAGAAGAGUUGGAAACGUUACCGAAAAUUGCUCGGAAUUCGACGAUGAUUGAGGAAGAUGAUAUGACUGAGGAGAUCACAAGCCGAGUGGUUGCUGACAGCAAGCCAUACAUUGUGAAGGUUCUUGAUCCGCUGGAGAUUGCCGGAAGUUCCACUCCGAAAGCCUCACAUGCACCUGAAGAUGUACAUCUAAUCAGAUGCCGCAACGAAGUACCUGACGAGGAACACCCGAAACUGAAAUUUGAAGCAAUUCCGGACUUCGAACCUACGCCCAAGGUCACAGUAUUCAGUCCCAAGAAAGAACCUGCACUUGAUAGCCCCGUCGUGGACCGAAAGCCGGAAGUUUUCGAAGUCGAUCAACCGUCUUUGAAGGAAGAAUCGUUCCACGCGACAAACAAAAAGUGUUUGGAUAUCGACUUGUCCUCGUUGAAGUCUCUGAUAGAAGAAGAACGACAGUUGAUGGCGGCUGACGCCGCUUCUCGAAAUGUCUCUCUGAGCCGUCUCAAAUUCAAAAGCAAAAUAAAUCCAUCGAACAACCGAGCCGCCGAAGAUGAGCUCCAGACGGAGAUAUCCAAAGAUAAGUUCACCCAAAUGGAAAUCAUCGGACAGUUCAAUCUGGGCUUCAUAAUCGCCCGUCUCGAUCAGGACCUGUUCAUUAUCGAUCAACAUGCAACCGACGAGAAGUACAACUUCGAGGAUCUCCAGCGAACGACGGUGCUGCAGAACCAGAAGCUAGUGGUUCCCCAGCAGCUGGAGCUGACGGCCGUCAACGAGAUGAUCCUGAUGGACAAUUUGGAGAUUUUCGAAAUGAAUGGGUUCAAGUUUGAGAUCGAUGGCUCGGCGGAACCUACGCGGAAGAUCAAACUGGUGGCCAAGCCGUUCAGCAAGAACUGGGAGUUUGGCAAGGAGGACAUCGACGAGUUGAUCUUUAUGCUGCAGGAUGCGCCGAAUUCGGUGUGCAGACCGUCGCGGGUGCGAGCGAUGUUCGCUUCCAGGGCGUGCCGCAAGUCGGUCAUGAUUGGCAAGGCGCUGUCCAAGGCCGAGAUGCGACGGCUCGUGACCCACAUGGGAGAGAUUGAACAACCGUGGAACUGUCCCCACGGUCGACCAACCAUGCGACACCUCGUGAAUCUCUCAAUGAUACAGCAGGGAGAAGUGAUCGAACCGGAAGAAGACGAGUGAGCGUCACACAAGUAAGUUCCUUUGAUAACUUUUAUUUUUGAUUCAUAUUAAAUGUUACACAAACGGGA